AUGGAGGCCAGCCGUUUCCUGGCGGGGAUGUGCCUUCUCCUGUGGCUCCGCAGCGGGUCUUUUUCCUCUUUACCGGCGGAGGUUGACGUUUGUCCCGAACGCUGCGACUGCCAGCACGCGCGGCACCUCAUGUGCGCAAACCGAGGGCUGCGCGCCGUGCCCGGAGCCUCGGCGCGCGUCUCCGACCACGCGCUGAUCUUCAGCCUCGGGGGCAACUUCAUCGGCAACAUCUCCGGCCCGGAUUUCUCGGGGUACGGCAACCUGGUCCGGUUGAAUCUGCAGUACAAUCAGAUCGCGUUCGUUCACCCCGAAUCCUUCGGGAAGCUGAGCAAACUGGAGGAGCUCUACCUGGGACACAACCUGUUAACGGCUCUACCGGCUGGAGCUUUGCAACCCUUGAAGAAAUUGACCAUCUUUUACGGGAAUAACAACGCCAUUAAGACGAUCGGCCCGGAGCUCUUUUCCAACUCGGGGAAGCUCGUGAAAUUGCGGCUGGACGGCAACGCGAUAGAGGCCGUGCAGGACUCGGUUUUUGAGAACCUGACCAGCCUCCACUAUCUUCACCUGGAGCACAACCAGGUGCUGCACGUCCACAGAAACGCCUUCCGCCGACUCGGCAAUCUGCGCUUCCUGAACCUGGCCCACAACAAGCAGUCGGCGGUGGGGAACGUCCUGACCUUCUCCCACCUGGGGGCGCUGACCACCCUGCUGCUGUCCGACAACGAGAUCCAGUACGUGGGCGGCCGCGUCUUCCGGCACCUGGGAAAGCUCCGGAAGCUCUCCCUCAGCAACAACAGGAUCUCCCGCCUGGACGGCGAGGCCCUGAGCGGGCUGUCCAGCCUCGGGGAGCUCCUGGCGGACGGCAACCGGCUGACGGAGAUCCCCGCCGGGCUGCUGGACCCCCUGGAGCGCGUGGAGGAGCUGGACUUCAGCCGCAACCGCAUCUCCCGGGUGGACCCGGCGGCCUUCUCCGGGCUUGGGCGCCUCAGGGUGCUGAGGCUGAAGGACAACCUCCUGUCCAGCCUGUCCGGGGACAUCUUCGCCAGGAACGGCGCGCUGCACGACCUGGAUCUCCGCGGCAACAACUGGACGUGCGACUGCCGCCUGGAGGAGCUGAGGAGGUGGAUGACCGCCGCGCGGUCCCGGGGCGGACUGCGGAGCGUUUCCGCGCAGUGCCGUCACCCGGCAACGCUCAGGGGGAGGAACCUGGACCACGUGAACGGCUCCCAGCUGCGAGCCCCCGGUGACCGCAGCCGGCCGUGCGAGACCGGAGCCGGACCGGCCGAGAGCCGCGGAGGGGGGGUGCUGGUCAGGGCGGAGAAAGGGAGAGGAGAGACGGACCUGGGAAACGAAAGGGGGAAAGCCGAGGAGGGCCCAGAGGAAACGGGCAACAGGAACAGAACGGAAGGGGGGAGAGGAGACGGUCCUGGACACGGGGGGAGGGAUGGAGCAACGGAGAGGAGAGAGGGGGAGAAAAGGAGGAGAGAGGGGCCAGGAGAGGUGGGAGGAGGGUCAGAGGUGGAGGAACAUCUGUCCAUUCUGAAGGGGAAGAGACCAAAGGGGGAGUCGGGGGCUGCUGGGAGGCGUGGCAAAGGGAGACGCAGGUCAAAGGUCCUUUCCAAGUCCAGUCCAUCGGCCACGCCCACACCGACCGUCGGGGUCAGGACGAGCUCUCCCGCCCACCCGGGGGGGACCUUUGACCUCCUGAGGGCGGAGGAGGAAGAGGACGAGGAAUACUCUCUGCCCGUCAUCACGGACCCUUGCGUGUUCAACCGCCAUUUCAUCGCCAACGUGUCGGUGGGCCAGGUGACGUCCAGCACGGUCACCGUCCACUGGAGCGUCAGGGGUCACCGCCCCCGCCCGCCGGUCCACUACCGGGUCCUGUUCGACCGCUUCGGCACGCCGGAGCGCUUCCCCCUCUACGUGUACACCGCCGCCGCCGCCCGCGCCGUCACCCUCCGGGAGCUCCGCCCCGCCGCGACCUACGUGGUGUGCGUGGAGGGGGCGGUGGGCGGGGCGGUGUGUCCGGUGGCGCCCCGGGACCACUGCGCCGGCUUGGUCACCCUCCCAGCGGCGCCGGGCGCCGGCGUAACGGCGUCCGGCCUCCAACUGGCCACGGUGGCGACGCUGGCCGGGAACGCCGCCCUGCUGCUGGCCGUCGGGGGGGCGUGGCUGGGGCGGAGCCUGAGGCGGCGGCUGCAGAGGAGGACGUCGGCCGUCCACGUGCGCCACAUGUACUCCACCCGGAGGCCCUUCCGCUCGCCGGCGGCGGCGGUGGCGGCGGCCACCGCCUCCGUGUCGGCCGACUUCGCCAGCUACCAGAGCGGCCGGUCGGCGCGGCUCCCCCCGCUGGAGGAGGGGGACCUCAUCCAGUUCCCCUGCGAUCGCUUUCUAGAAAGCGCCGCCCGCCGAGACGCCGACAUGCAGAGCGGAGUGGCGUGGUGGUGGGGGGGGGCUCUACUCACUGGGGUACCCCUGCGCCUCCCUCUGCCGAGCGGUGACCGGGCAGUCCUUGUGGGUGAGCAGAAUCUGCUUCAGCUGACCCACCUCCGACCUCAGCGACGUCACCUCGGGGGGCCAAACCCCACCUGUAGCUGCAGGUUUGUGUGCGUCAGCUCCUCCGCCUUCUUCUCCAGCGACGACACCCACAGUUUCCUCUUCUGCCGGCAGCGGGUGGCCGCCGCCCGGUUGCGCUCCAGGAACUUCUGCCGCCGCUCGUCCGGGUCCUGCUCCGCCGUCCUCCUGCGCCGCUGCCUGCACUGCGUGCUGGGAGUGGGACGGCUGCAUCUGCUGCCCAACCGGCGACAGCUGAAAGGACAAAAAAAAAAAGGAAACCAGGUUAGCUCGCCGGGCCUAAAACCGCAGGGUUUGGGCGAAAAACGACCCGCGUCCCACCUGCGCCGGGACGGUGAGGGGCGGGGCGGGCGGCGAGCCCUGGUGGAGGUGCGGAGGAGGCGGAGAGCGGUGGGCCUGAGCGUGCUGUGCAAGCGGGGCGUGGCACCGCUGGUGGUAGGCCACGGGCGGGGCCGGAAGCUGGGCCUGAUGAGGGUGGUGGGGGUGGUGGUGCUGCUGUUGGGGGUGGUGCUGCGCCAGCGGAGGUGCUUGGUAGCGCUGGGACAUCAUCUCCAUCAAAUGACCCAUGGAUGUCCCGGGGCUGUUGAGGGGGACCAUUCCCGGGUGUUGCUGCUGGUAAUGGUGGCCCAUCGUCUGUUUGGCUCUCUAAAACAGAGAGGGAUCACGAGAGAGAAACGGAAAGAAAGCUUCCAUAUUAAACCAUAUUAA